GUUCAUAUUUCAUGACUUUGCAUGUGCGCCAAGAACUGCAAGUCAAUAACAGUUCAUGGCUUCGCCUUCGUUUGCAAACUCGUUUGCUCAAGGUAAUGUAUCCUUGCAAAGUUGGGCAAGUGGCGUGAGCCAAUUUGAGCAGGUUGCAGCUCCCUUGGCUAGCGAACUGUUAGCCACCUUAGAACAGGAGCACACGCGGGAAGUCGUGACAUUGUACGAAGAGCAGGUGCAGUUGCGCGAAGAACUGCGGCGAGUGGUCGAUCUCAUGGAGCAAGAGGUUCUCCCACGAGAACGACAACUCCAUAACAUGUUUGAGCAGCUCAAUGCAGCAUUUCACUCGUCGGCAGAGAAUAUGCGAAGACAGCACGAGGCUUCAAAAAGGACAAAGUAAACAUGAGUGCAGCACUGCUGUCAACAAGAAGAAGUCACAGGGACUGUGCAAAUUCGCGCAGAGCGACAUUGGAGUCAUGCAGUGCAAGUAGAUGAUGAUCAUCACCGUGCAUUCCGUUUGGAUGCUUGGUUGAAAGCAGGAGUUUCAUACAAUGGCCUCGUUGGAAGCCAAGACAGGGACUAACUCGAACUGUCUUCAGUGAAAGUGCAUUUAUUUAUAUUUCCUAUUUGUGUUUCGAUCAUUUGAAAUCAUUUGGAAGAAUAUUGUUUGUCGUUUUGUUUGCUUUGCAGGCAAGUGGCACAGAAGCAUGACA